UGAGGGAACGGGCAGGGGUCCCCUCAAAAGGUGUGAGUCCUAAGCAAAGCUUUCUCCCUGCUUUUUCUGCAGGUUUUCCACCAUGAGGAUGCAAUGCCUGCUCCCUACUCUGCUGCACCUCUCCCUUGUGGUGCUGGGGCCUAGCGAUGGAGUUGUUGUAUUGUCUGUCCCUGAAGUGGUUUCAUUCGAAAGUGGAAGUUCAACAAAUGUCACGAUCUCUCUGAGGGCUCCAUUAAAUGAGACACUUGUGAUAACUUUUAACAUUACGCACUCAUCAAAGCACAGCACCAUUAUUGAACUGCCUGAUGAAGUACAAUUGCCUGCAGGUCACACUAAAGCAGAAUUCCAAGUGAAAGCAGAUGAUGUUGGACAAGUAACAGUUUAUCUUUAUACAAUUAAUUCCAACUUAACUGGACCUAGGAUUCAAUUUCAAGUGAUUCAUAGCAUCAUAGUGAGAUACGCUGAUGAGGUGAUUGGCUGGAUCUAUUUCCUUGCUUGGUCUAUCUCCUUUUAUCCUCAACUCUUUGAGAACUGGCGUCGAAAAAGCGUUGUUGGACUAAGCUUUGACUUUCUAGCAUUAAACCUUACUGGCUUUAUAGCAUACAGUGUAUUUAAUGUUGGACUCUUCUGGAUACCCUUAAUUAAAGAGGAAUUCUUAGUCAGUUAUCCCAGUGGGGUGAACCCUGUGGCUAUCAAUGAUGUUUUCUUCAGUCUCCACGCAGUAGUCCUAACUCUCCUCACCGUUAUGCAGUGCUGCAUCUACGAGAGAGCAGCUCAGAAAGUAUCUAAAGUUGUUGUUGGGCUACUGGCACUUGCAUGGAUCUUCACGUUUACGACACUGUUUCUUGCUGCAGCUGAGGAAAUGACAUGGCUACAGUUCUUAUUCUGCUUCUCUUACAUUAAGUUAGCAGUCACACUGAUAAAAUAUUUUCCACAGGCAUACAUGAAUUACUGUCGAAAAAGUACAGAGGGAUGGAGUAUUGGAAAUGUAUUGCUUGACUUUGCUGGUGGAAGCUUCAGUCUUCUCCAGAUGUUUUUGCAGUCAUACAACAAUGAUCAGUGGAAGUUAAUAUUUGGAGAUCCAACCAAGUUUGGCCUGGGUGUCUUCUCCAUCAUCUUUGAUAUUGUUUUUAUGGCCCAACACUACUGCCUUUAUAGGAGACAAGGGUAUGAACCUUGUGAAUAACAUCACUUCUGAAGACAAAAACUUUAAGUUGAACUUGCUCUACCCUGGCUGAGGGCUUUCAAGAUGCCUACUGACAGUUCUUAUGUGUUUGUACUUUGAUCCUCUCGGGUGUGGAAUACAAACUGUUGCCUUGCAAAAUGCCAGAUGCCUUAAAGGACAGCAGCUAUCUUGACACUGCUUGCAAAUGGAAGACUCAUGCCUGUUGAAGCUGCAAAGGCAGCUUAGUGUGAGCUGUCCAAGCAACAUAUGGCUCUUUUCCCAUUAGCAACAAGGAAAAGAAAGACCAGAGUGAUGUCUGAUUGGAAGUAAUGCACAAAGAGCCACAAUCUAGCUCCCAAACAUCUGAGAUAAUGUUUAAGCAACCACUUAGUAUCUUAAUGUAAUGACUGAAGACUGUGGAUGUAAGUGCUGCUGCUGCUGCCUCCUCCUCAUGUACUGAUCACCACCACUCAGGUUGGUUGUUAACAGCUGUAGUGGUACAUAAAAGAAUGAGGUUGGUAAUUCAGGUUCUAGUAUUUGUGUAUUUUUAAUAUUUUCUAUUAAAAAUACGGAGAAGCAGAAAUUGUAUUCUUAUUUCACUGAAAGCUCUCUCAAAGGUGCUAAAUAACUAGUGUACUUACUUCAUUUUCCUGAGUUCUGCUGCUAUACCUUGAAUCCUAAAUGGUUAAAGAGUUUGCUAAGUCUUUAAUAAGUGGAUCAUGUUAACAGCCCCAUAAUUAAAUACAUGUUUUGUUCCUGGGCAACUUUCCAACUACAUGUGCUGUGAUCAAGGUCUUAAGUUACAUUUAAGC